ACUAUGGUUUCUAAAAAUUGUGGGAACCUCAACUUUUAACGAAAUGAAAUUGUCAGUUAACUGAAACGUUCUUCUUAAUCAAUCUUCUCUUAAUUUAGUCUUAAUGAUUCAAUCAGUUUGGAAAAUUUUGCAAGUAGUAGUAAAUUUGGGUAACUUACUUAGUAAGUCGCUAUACGUUAAUAUACUUAUCAUAAGCCUUAUGCUUAUUAUACUAUUAAAAAAAAAACACACAAAAAACCCGAUCGCCAACUAAGACAAGUGUCAAGUAGUAGUAGUAGUCCUAAGUAGUCAUUGAUUUUUCUCUGAUCCAGGUUUUACAGGUCUUCCAUGGUUCCGUCUUUUAUUUGGUUGCCCAGCUGAUUGCUGUUCUUGAAAAUUAUCUUUGGUGCCACACUUUUGAUAUGAAGUAGUGUGCCUUCAUUGUUCAUGGGUUCUAGAUUCCUUGUCACUCUUUGAUGUAAUAGUAAUAGUGGUCAUCCAUCACUAAAACUAAAAGUAUAAUAGAGGAUAUGCUCAAAACAGAUUUUAAAGAUACUGGUCUUUGAUGGGAAUUCUCAGAUUGGUUUAUCUCCAAAGGAUGUGAACAUUCUGAUAGUUUAUUGCCAUAUGUAUGUAAUUUGCAUUUACAGCUUCAUCCGAAUUUUCUAACUCAAAAUGUUUAUAAACUUUACAAGACCCUUUUUUUCUGAAGUGAUGUUAACAGUAUAGAAAGAAGCCCACCUCACAGCUAUGCUUUCUGACCAUCAUGUUUAUUUUUAUUGGGAUCUGAAAGUUUAACUGCAUAAUUUCAUAGAGGUGAAUUGAGCAUCGAACAAACUUUGAUUUUGUAAAAAUUGACUUCUCGCUGUUUACUAAAUUUCUGCCUUUAAAUUAAUAUCUGGAAACAUUCCAUUUUAUGCACACAAAAAAACUGUAUGUGUAUUUAUUCUUGUAUUUUGUGCUUAUUUGUGUAUCAUCACAUAUCAUUUAAUUCAUUAAAUUGAUAAAAUUGUGGGGUUGGGGGCCAUGUUCAUUCUUUGCCCCACACACAGUUUUUUCUGUUGCAAGGCCCUAUCAAUUGGUACACAAGACCAGCCUAAAAGUGCCAAAGAAAAUCGGAUUAAGAUUUAGGGUGAAUUUAUUUUAAAUUGCCUUAAUGUUCCCAAAGUGUUUGGUCCAUCUAAGUUAAAUACAAAAGCAUCUGGUCCUGUAAUAGAAAAGCUUGCCACAUUGUAAUUGCAUUUCAUUUGUAUGUCUUAAAUAUUUAAUUAUUCUUUCUUUUAGUAUUUGGAAGACUGUUAUAUUCAAAUGGAAUCUAAAAAUAUAAUGAAAGAGGCUCAUCAAGUUGCAGAAACAGUAACUAGAGAACUUUCAGAGGAAGAAUUAUCUAAGCUGUUAGCAGACACAGACUGUAUAGUGGAAUUUAAACAAAAUAAAUUGGAAGCUGAGGCACAGAAAAACUGGGAUUUAUUCUAUAAAAGGAAUACAACAAAAUUUUUUAAAGAUCGACAUUGGACAAAAAGAGAGUUUGAAGAGCUAGCCUGUACAACUGGGGUUUGUAUAACUAGAAUAAUGGAUUGAAUAUUUUACUGAAUUAUAAGUUAGUUCAUAAACAUUUCCAAUCAAAAAUAAUAGGUGGCUAUUUUUCAAAACUCUUCAAACAUAUUUUUUGCUAUUUUUGACAGAAUCUGAAAGAUCGUCUAAUUCUGUUUGAAGUUGGGUGUGGUGUAGGAAACUUUAUGUUCCCUUUGCUGGAGGAUAACCCAAAUCUGUAUAUCUAUGCUUGUGAUUUUUCUCCAAGAGCAGUAGAAUUUGUUAAGGUAAACUAAACAUUUUUUUAAUGAACUUUUCAUGAUAUAAUUCUAAUCACCUGGAAUUAAGAAGAAUUUCCCCUAACAAUUUUUUUGAUAAUCAUUCCUUUUUUGUUUAAGAAAGAUUGAUUUAUAGGGACUUUCAAUAACCUAAACUAUAUCAUAUUUAUUAUAUUAUGAGCUUAACAGAUUUAAUCGAUUUCUUUAAAUAUUUUUUAAAAAUUCUGCUAACAUUAAUUUAAAAAUUUGAAAGAGAGCUUUAAAACAAUUUAAUUUUCUUGGUUUUAUUUUUUCAUUUGGAUUUAGUCACACUCUCUCUUUGAUGCACACCGAUGCACAGUCUUCGAAUGUGAUAUCCUCAAAAAUGAUGUAACCUGCAAUGUUCAAAGGGAGUCUGUAGAUAUAGCUACUUUGAUUUUUGUGUUGUCUGCAAUCCACCCAGACAAAAUGGUUGAAGCAGUUCAAAAUGUUUCCAAGGUUCAUCUGAUUUUUAUUCAUGACUCGUUUUAGCUGCUUAAGUCAUAGUUUUAUUUUUAUGAAUGUUUAAACAUUUUCAUAUCUUUGACACUAAAACAAGGCCCACAAUUUAUAAUGUAAAACUAGAUUAAUUUUUAAAGGAAGCAACCACACCUUAAUUUUUAAAGGAAGCAAGCACACCAUCAUAGAAAGUAGUUAUUUUUAAAAAAUCAAGUCAAAUAGUAACAACAUGCUCAAAUCAAAUUAUUUUUGUUAUUAACUGCUAAUAUUUUUAUGGAAAUGUAGACCCUGAAACCAGGUGGACAGCUUUUGGUUAGAGACUAUGGGUUGUAUGACCAUGCUAUGUUGAGGUUCUCAAAAGGUCACAAGCUAGCUGAAUGUUUUUAUGUCCGUCAGGAUGGCACAAGGGCUUACUACUUCUCAUUAGGUGUGCUGUAUGCUAUAAUUUAUUACAUUUUUUUUACUUGUUAGUUAUGAUGCUAUUGAAGAAAGUAGAUUCAAAGAAAUUAUCAUUUCAUGAAAUAUAAGUUUUACUUUAAGAAGAAGAAAAAAAACAACUAGACCUCUAGCUGUAACUAAUUUUGAUUUUUUGGUGCAAUCUUUUAGUGCCAAUUUUCUUUUCAUCAAAUGAUUCUGUGACGAAGACCUUCAAAAAAAAAAGACAACUUUAAAUUUGUAUUGUCCACAUGCACUCAUUUGAUUUAUUUAUUUAUUUUUUACAGAAAAAUUUGAUGCAAUCAUGGAAGAAGCAGGAUUACAAAAAACUAGCAGUACCUACAUCCAAAGAUCUACAAUAAAUAAGAAAGAAGGUAUAGAUGUACCAAGAAUUUUUGUACAGGGAAAGUUCACUAAACCAUCUUGACCAAAGGCUGCCAUAGUCAGCCAUGUUGCCCACUUAAAUUAAUCUUAAGUCAACAAUAGAAACACAUCACCCCCAUAUCUGAAGGACUUUGGUUUGAAGUAUUGUCACAAUAAAAGAAAUGUUCAUGCAGUACCAUUUCAGUUUUAAUGAAGAGUUUGUUACUUGUACAUGGACUAGAUAUUAAAAAAAUAUAUUUUUUUAAAUUGACUCUAAACUUUAAAUAUUUUGAUUAAUUUGUUUUUUGUGUUUUUGUUUUGCAAGUUUAAAAUGCUGUAGAUAAAUUUAUAAAAGUGAAUGGAAAUUAUUAUUACAAAUUUUUAAUAAAACUUAAUAAAUAUUGCACUAUAAAAAUAUUUGAAAUCUCCCUAUGGCCUAUGUUACAUGCAAGGCAUUCAAUGCCUGAUGUUAUUUUUGUUGCUUACUGUUUAAAUUUAAAGGGUGGUCAAGAUCUAUGUAAACAUUGUUGUAAAGUUGUUUUAUUAGCUGUAAUAAUAUAUAAUUUUAUUUAUUGGAACAUUUUUCCUU